GCGGCCAUGUCGCGUCGAGUGCUAACUAAGCGCCAACCGCGUCAACCUCGCCUUCGCCCCCAGGUUGCGGCUGAGCCGGUUGCAGCUCCCGAACCGCCGCAACCAGAUCCAGACCCGCAACCGCCAUCCGACGACGAGAAAUCGCCAGACUGGCGCCCGUCCCGCCCGCCCUCGCCGCCACAACGCCCCGACGACAUCUCUGAAGGCUCUGAACCUACCCGUUCGAAUAUAAGACCUGAUCGAAUAGACCGACCAGAACCAGCAAGUCGAUACGCAAAUCUUAACUACUGGAAAGCGAGACGUGUAACCUUUUACAGAAAUGGAGAUCCUUUCCAUCCAGGUGUUGAGUUCCGUUUCAAAUUGGGUAGAGACUUGGUAUCCAUGGAUGCGCUACUCGACAGACUGUCAGAGAGAUUGGAACUACCUAGAGGUGCGAGAUUCAUCUUUGGUAUGGAUGGCGAUCGGAAGUAUAGACUUGAAGAGCUGGAGGACGGAGCUUCUUAUGUAGUUUCAUCUUACAAGACUUUCAAGGCUGCAAGUUACGGCAAGAAGAACGGUAUGUGGUACGGAGGCGGGACGGUGACCGGGACGAGCGGCUGGUCCCGCGCCGGCACCCGCAAGCAGUCCGUCGCGGAGUCCGACGCGCCUCCUCCUGGCGGCGGCAAGAACACCAGCGGACGAGUCAUACGGAUCAUCAACAACAUGGAUCAUUCUAUACAGUGUCGUGUAUUGCUCAAUUUACGCACAACUCAGCCAUUUGAGGAGGUUUUGGAAGAUUUAGGACAAGUCCUAAAAAUGAGUGGAGCUAAGAGAAUGUACACAAUUACUGGUCAAGAGGUGCGAAGUUUUUCACAGCUACGGAAUGAGUUCGCGGAUGUGGAGACGUUUUAUUUGGGCACUGCCAUGGUACCCCCCGCGUUAAGUCCUGGUAUAAGCGCACCUUUGCCUAUAGAGUCGCCGAUAAGAAGGUCACGAUCAAGAGGUGCGGUAGCAGCACUGCCAGUGUCAGAGGACACACGAGGUCGCCGAGCGCGCAGUAAAAGCCGGCCCAGGGUCCUUUAUGCCCCAGAGGGAGAAAUUAUACGAAAUUCUGACUACACGUUGUUAGAAGUACUAAAGGAGGAGCCAAUGAGAGUGACGAUCCGCGGUCUGCGCCGCACGUUCUACCCUCCGAUCCACCACGCGCCCAUUGACAACACACCACCGGAGAAGAAAAUGCAACUUGACUGGGUAUACGGUUACCGAGGCGCCGACUCUCGGCGCAACUUGUGGGUGCUGCCGACCGGUGAGCUCUUGUACUACGUGGCCGCUGUGGCUGUCAUGUACGACAGAGACGAGGAGUCACAGAGACACUAUAUUGGACACACCGAAGACAUACAGUGCAUGGAGCUGCACCCGUCGCGCGAGCUGGUGGCGAGCGGGCAGCGCGCGGGGCGCGGGCGGCGCGCGCAGGCGCACGUGCGCAUCUGGAGCACGGACACGCUGCAGACGCUGCACGUGUUCGGCAUGGCGGAGUUCGAGGCCGGCGUCUCCGCCGUUGCUUUCUCUCAGCUUAAUGGCGGUAGUUACGUGCUAGCCGUCGACGCCGGCCGUGAAAGCAUUUUAUCGGUUUGGCAGUGGCAAUGGGGACACCUACUUGGCAAAGUUGCAACGUUACAAGAAGAACUGACUGGUGCCGCAUUCCAUCCUCUCGACGACAAUCUCCUCAUCACGCACGGAAAGGGGCAUCUUGCCUUCUGGAACAGGAGGAAAGAUGGAUUUUUUGAACGAACUGAUAUUAUAAAACCUCCGGCACGGACUCAAGUAACUGCUUUACAGUUUGAACAAGAUGGUGACGUUGUAACUGCCGAUAGUGAUGGAUUUAUCACAAUUUAUAGUGUUGAUAGCGAUGGGGCGUACUUUGUACGAAUGGAGUUUGAGGCUCAUAUAAAGGGAAUUAGUUCUCUAGUGAUGCUUUCAGAAGGUACUUUGAUAUCCGGUGGUGAGAAAGACAGAAAAAUUGCUGCUUGGGAUUCUUUACAAAACUAUAAAAGGAUUACAGAAACAAAAUUACCUGAAAUUGCUGGUGGAGUGCGUAGUAUUUACCCCCAAAGACCGGGAAGAAAUGAUGGUAAUUUAUAUAUUGGUACAACAAAAAACAAUAUUAUGGAAGGAUCUCUUCAGCGACGAUUUAAUCAAGUGAUAUUCGGUCAUCAUAAGCACCUAAUGGGCAUAGCUGUUCAUCCUGAUGACGAAAUGUUUGCCACAGCUGGUCACGAUAAAAACAUUGCGCUAUGGAAAGGUCAUAAGUUGAUUUUCGCUACACAGGUCGGCUACGAAUGUGUUUCUUUAGCGUGGCAUCCUGGAGGUGGGGCUUUGGCUGCAGGAAGUACAGAAGGUCAUUUAGUGAUUUUAAAUGCUGAAGCUGGAGCACAUGUGGCUACAAUUAGAGUGUGUGGGUCACCUCUUAACUGCUUACAAUAUAAUUCAGCUGGGGAUGUUCUUGCAAUUGGAUCUCAGAAUGGCAGCAUAUACCUGUUUAGAGUGUCCCGUGAUGGAUUUUCUUAUAAAAAAUCGAACAAAAUUCGUGGCGCUCAACCACUCGUUCAAUUAGAUUGGAGUCUUGACGGAGUUUACUUACAGACUGUUACAGCUGACUAUGAUUUGUCAUUCUGGGAUAUAAAGGCGCUUUCACCUGAAAAAAGUCCAAUAGCAAUGAAAGAUGUAAAAUGGUUUACGUACAAUUCGACAGUUGGGUUCCUUGUUUCCGGAAUGUGGAACAAUAGAUUUUAUCCCAUGACAUCGCUAAUUACCGCAGCUAGUCGUUCAGCUGCCCACGAUCUUCUAAUAAGCGGCGAUUCUGAUGGAUAUUUGCGAUUAUUUAGGUAUCCAUGCGCUAGUCCCAAAGCAGAAUACAACGAAGUAAAAGUCUACACAGGAUCUAUUUAUUCAGCUCGUUUUCUAUUUAACGACCGUUGCCUUGUAACCUCGGGUGGAUCAGACGCUGCUCUCAUGCUGUGGGAGCUAGUGGAUGAUUAGCAUCAAGCAGCGCAGGGGCUGCGACCACCAGCUGUCGUAUUGGCACCUCCAACUCCAUCUCCACCGCCCCCCGCGCUCGCUUAUUAUCCUACGUUCCGAGUGCUACAGUUCGAUGAACUUGAUUGAAAGGAACUACAGGACAGGAGGAUACUGGCUAUACCCAUAUCAUGGCUCUAGAAAGAAUUCUAUGAGAUUCGUUGUAGCUCUGUAACAGUAGGUACAGAGUUUUGGGAAGAUAUCUUCUACUUCGCUGCAGUAGUGCAGAAUUUUGAGGAGAGAAAAUUAUAGUAAGAAAUAUCUGAGAAAGAUUCAUAUAAUAUAUUGUUAUCUUAAAAUUAAGAAGUAAAUUGAAGGAUAUCAAGCGUCAUUUCACUCACUGCCAUUCUUACUUGCAUUAUAAUAAAUAAAUACGCACUUUUUAAUGUAACAAUGGUUAAGAUUUAUUUUUGUGAUAAUGUUUAAAAAGGAAAAGUACAUUAGAUUAAGCUUUAAUUCUAGUUCUGACUUCCAGAUCAUUAGAUGUUUUCGUUAGAAUUUAUUAAUAUAUUUAUACCAUAGUUACAAAAUUUUAAUGAAUACCUGUAGAAUAGAAGCACAAUAAACAUCCCAUUCAGGGUCUAAAAACAAGUGUACACGUAUGCACUGACAUUUUAUACAGCAAUAAGUGGCGGGCCACUGUGUAAGUCAUUUAUUAAGCGAUUUUUAUCUACGCUAAAAUCAUAGGUUAAAUAAAACUAAUAGGUAGGUAUACACAAUACAGUAAGAGUUUUAUACUGUCACCAAACACAUAUUUAGGUAUAAUUAUAUUUUUAUGUCGAUUCUUACCACGAAAUGACCAUGGUAUAAUUUUAUGUAGGAGAAAAAUCACAUAAUUAUGUGUAUAACCAAUAUCAAUAUUAGGUACCGACCUUAUUUGUUUUUA